UCGGCUUUAGAACUGGGCCUGCAGGAGGGCUGGCUGAUCCCGACUGCAGGGAGAAAACCACUAUGUGGCAGAAUUACCUCACUUCAGCGGAGGUAGACUACCAGGAGGGAGCCUUCCACAAAGACGAAGAAAUGGGAAAGCCACCCCUACCGCAAAGGCUGUUGGGAGCGUCGGUAUCCGGAGACCCGCAGAGCGCUGACCUCACACAUGCUGCGGCAAGCCCCGCCCACUGGGCAGCUCACGUGAUCUGGGGGCGGGACCACGUCCGGGUUCGUGGGAGUUGGAGUCAUGGCGGGCUUGGUUGACUUCCAAGACGAGGAGCAGGUGAAGUCUUUCCUGGAGAACAUGAAGGUGGAGUGUCACUACCAGUGCUACCGCGAGAAGGACCCGGAUGGAUGCUAUCGGCUGGUGGACUAUCUGGAGGGGAUCCAGAAGAAUUUUGAUGAAGCUGCCAAGGUGCUGAAGUUCAACUGUGAGGACAAUGGGCACAGUGACAGCUGCUAUAAACUGGGGGCCUAUUACGUGACUGGAAAAGGUGGCCUGACUCAGGACCUAAAAGCUGCGUCCGCCUGCUUUCUGAAGGCCUGUGAAAAGCCAGGGAAGAAGUCUGUGGAGUCCUGUCACAAUGUUGGGCUCCUGGCACACGACGGACAGGUCAACGAGGACGGCCAGCCUGACCUGGGAAAGGCCAGGGACUACUACACUAGAGCCUGUGAUGGCGGCUACGCAGCCAGCUGCUUCAACCUCAGCGCCAUGUUUCUACAGGGUGCCCCUGGCUUUCCCAAGGACAUGGCUCUGGCGUGUAAAUAUUCAAUGAAGGCCUGUGACCUGGGCCACAUCUGGGCCUGCGCCAAUGCCAGCCGCAUGUAUAAACUGGGGGAUGGUGUUGAUAAGGACGAGGCCAAGGCCGAAAUGCUGAAAAAUAGGGCCCAGCAGCUCCACAAAGAACAACAGAAAAACGUCCAACCUUUAACGUUUGGGUAAUAUGUGGCCCCCUCCCUUCCAAGCAGCGGACAGCUUGACAAUGACACCUCUGCUAUGGAACCAGAUGAGCCCUUGGAGGUCAGUCAGUGCCAUCUGCUCCAGAGUGCCACCUGCUGGGAGGGGCUGGAAGUGUGUGUUUAGUAAAUAAUCCUUUGUGGGUUUUCUGUGAAGACACCUGUGUUAUGGGGGCCUUAAUUUCUAAACUGGACCUCUGAAAAAUAGGGGCAAACUGAGGAGCCUUUUGGGGUUGGGGAAACAAAGAGCAGCUGGGAAAUUUAGCAGCCACAGGCCUCGAAGAAUCAGUCAGAAGAGCUUGAAAAGUAGAAAGUGUCCUAAUUUGCAUAACAGAGGUCUUGAGGAGCUAAGAACAGCCGCAGUCACGACUGCCGCCCUCUGCCUUAUGUAACCACGGUGUGGGCUUCUUGCCUUUCCAGUCAGGCCUUUCGAUAGACUUAUAGGGAUCAGGAGCUAUGUGCCAAGUGAAGGUUGAAGGUGGUUAUAUUAUGCCUGGCGGUUAGGAAACAAAACCUAAGCGUCCCCUCCUCUAGACAAGACAUUUGCAGUUCAAAAUUACCCUCCUCAGCUGCCUCUGCUCCUCAUGGGAAGACAGAUGACUCCUGAAGCAGCUGCCGCUCGGGAUCUGACAGGACAGCACAAAGCUGUCCACUGAACAGAACCUUUUCCUUUUGGGGGUGUGGGCAGAGUGUUUCGAGACAGGGUUUCUCUGUGUAACAGUCCUGGCUAUCCCAGUACUUGCCUUGUAGACCAGAACUCAUAAAGAUCCACCUACCUCUGCCUCCCAAGUGCUGGGAUUAAAGGCACGCACGCACCACCACCACCACCGUCUGGCUGCUUCUUUUUUGAACAGGCCUUUGUGCUAUCUAUGCUGGCCUUAAAACUCCCAGCCCUACCUCAGCCCACUGUGUCAGGCAGGACUGACUGAACUUGUUGAACUGUCCAGAUGAAUGAGCUGUUUCAGUUGACUUUUUAAUCUGUUGUGCUCCUGUUCUCCAGAUCCUGGCAGGAUGGAAUGUACUCAUCAUGGUGGCUGUGCAGUUUUCUUUUUUGUCUUUGUGUUUGCAUGUGCCUUUGUAAUCUUUUUUCCUUCUAUUGUCUCUACUUGUCACUAGGGGGCGAGCUUGUCCUUUUCCUCUGACAGCUGGACCACUGUAUCUAUCCUUACCCUGGCUUCCCUUCUGGUCUGGCAGCUGGCUGCCCUAGAAGGCAAGCUUGCCUUUGAGGGCUGUGCACACAGCCAGCUGCCCCCUCAAGUUGACACAGAGGAGGGCCUUUCCUGAGUGUGGAGAGAGCUUUUUAAAAGACAUCAAGUUUGCUUUUAGAAUGUCUUGAAAAUAGCGUUUGUUGUGAUUGGCUGCUGUAGACCAACAGGCUUGGGCAAAUAUCCUAAUCGUGGGGAAACUACACAUGAAAACCACACAAGCCGGGCGGUGGUGGCGCACGCCUUUAAUCCCAGCACUUUGGAGGCAGAGGCAGGUGGAUCUCUGUGAGUUCGAGACCAGCCUGGUCUACAAGAGCUAGUUCCAGGACAGGCUCCAAAGCCAUAGAGAAACCCUGUCUCGAAAAACCAAAAAAAAAAAAAAAAAAAACCAAAAAGAAAACCACACAAACUCUUCUACUGUCCUGGGACCACAGCGUGGAAGGAAGCAGCUGAUCCUGCAAGUUGUCCUGUGGCCUCCAUGCAGGACUGUACACACCGUGAAAAAUAAAUGGAAUAAGAAAUAAAACAGUAGACAGUCGAUUUGAUUACAAGAUAACUGAAAGCUAUGUGCAGAAGUGCCAGGCUAACCGGGACUACAUAGUGAAACCCUGUCUCAACAAAAGCCAGCAGCCUCUGCACCACUGCGACCCCAGAAGGCAAAACAACAAAUGCAGGUGGAAUCUAGUGGCAAGGACAGCAUCGUUCAUGAGAACAAAAGAUGGCUCAGCCACUUGGGAAGACAGCCGAUCAGUAUUUAAGAAAACUAAACAUACAGCGUCUUUUGGCAAUCUUGCCUCUUUAUAUUUCCCCCGGGGUAUUAGACAUAGGCUCAAAUCCAGUAGGGCUGUGAGUGGCAAACUUUGUGAUUGUCAAAGCUUGGAAGCAACAAAGCAGAUGAAAGGGUAAAUGAUACAAUAGAAUAUCUAGGUACUUAAAAAAAAAUGAGUCACAGCAGAUGCAGAGGGAUAUUACUGAACGGAAGGGCCAAAUCUGAAAGGUGACAUUCCUGAUUCCCGUUGUAUGAUACUGGUGUCCUCAAAAAAGUGGUAUCGGUAAGUUAGAACCUGGCAGUGUGACUCUGUGGAAGAGGGCUGAGUUCCUGGGUUCUGUGGGUUCUGGGACUACAGGUUAAGCGGAGGUGGCAGGCUGCUGAGAUGGCUCAACAGGUAAGAGAGCUCACUGCUGCUCCUGCAGGGGGCUUGAGAUUGGUUCUAUCACAUGGUGCCUCAGAACCUUCUGACGGCAACUCCAGGGGAUCUCACCCUCUUCUGGCCCCAGAGGCAGUAGGCACAUACAUGGUACACAGAUAUGUAAAGUUCACAUGGUAGGGUGGUUACAGUGUUUAAGGUCAUGAGGCCACUCUGUAUGGUACACUUGAUGUGGAUACGGGUCAUGAGCCAUUUGUCCAAAUUGGUAAAAUGUGAAAUAAGAGUAAACCCUAAUGUAAGCGAGGACUUUGGGGGAUCAUGUGCUAACAGAGGUUCAUUGAUCAUAAUGGGCCUUCUGGGGAAAGUGUCAGGAUGUCUCUGUGUAAGGGCUGAUUCUUCCUAUAGGAAGUUGCUGCAUUGUCUCAAUUUUACUCUGAACCAAAAGCUGUAAGAAAAUCUGUUGAAAAUACAAUCACACCAAGAUACUACCUCACACCCAGUAGGACCACUACUUUAAAAUAGAUGUCAAGUAUAGAGAAAUCGGGACCA